GAUCCGGACCACAACAAGCGUGCCGGCGCUGAGGCGCAGAUCAAGCAGGCCGAGCAGGCGAGUGUGGAGCAGUACUUUGUGGAGCUCGCGAAGGAGCUGGCGAACAAUCAGAAGCCGGUCAUCGCCAGGCAGCUUUCGGGCCUGCUGCUGAAGAACGGCCUAGCCGCCAAGGACCCCGCGAGGGACCGGGACCUGAAGAACAGGUGGAAGCAGUUGUCUGCUCAGAGCCGGAACCUGGUGAAGGAGGCAACGACGUCCGCGCUGAUCACACCAGAGCUGGACGUCGGCAAGGCGUCGGCCCAGGUGCUGGCGAAGAUAGGCGGCAUAGAGAUCCCACGGCGUGGGAUGGCCUGGUCCCGCUCCUGCUGA